AUGGGGAGUCCCUCAUCUACUGCUGAUGGUUUUGUCGAGUUCACUUUGGACCCGUCUCACCCUUUCUAUGCCCAUCCCUCUGAUAGCCCUGGAAGUCAAUUGGUUGCUAUACUGUUCAAUGGAACUGAUUUUGUAUAUUGGCGUAGUAGUAUGCUUACCUCCUUGCCUGCCAAGAAUAAAUUAGGAAUGGUGACUGGUAAAGUGGCUCAACCUCCACCUAAUUCUCCCUAUUAUCCCUUCUGGGAACGAUGUAAUGAUAUGGUGAAGGCUUGGAUCACCAAUUCAUUGAUUAGGGAGAUAGCAGUGAGUGUCAUGUGUCUCAACACUGCUAGAGAAGUGUGGAGUGACAUAAAUGAGAGGUUUGGGCAAUCCAAUGUAUCCAAAUACAUUCAAAUCCAGAGGGAAAUCAGUUCUACCUCCCAAGGGUCUUCUUAUAUUGCCACUUAUUUUACCAGAAUGAGGGCUUUAUGGGAUGAAUUGAACUCUGAUUAUGUUGGUCCUACAUGCUCUUGUGGAGCAUUACCCAAAUUUAUUGAAGGCCAACACCUUUUUUAA